AUGUCCACUAACCUUGAAGAUGUCCCAAUCGAAGUCUCCAAAGUUUUCGACACCAUCUUGGUGUUGGACUUUGGUUCCCAAUACUCCCAUUUAAUCACUCGUCGUUUGAGAGAAUUUAAUGUUUAUGCUGAAAUGUUACCAUGCACUCAGAAAAUUUCUGAAUUGUCUUGGAAACCAAAAGGUAUAAUCUUGUCGGGAGGACCAUAUUCUGUUUACGCCGAAGAUGCUCCUCACGUCGACCACGAUAUUUUCAAAUUGAAUGUUCCAAUUUUGGGUAUUUGUUACGGUAUGCAAGAGUUGGCUUGGAUUAAUGGUAAAGGUGUUGCUAGAGGAGACAAGAGAGAGUAUGGUCCAGCCACUUUACGUGUCGAAGAUAAAGAAUGUUCAUUGUUCAAGGAUGUUGACCACUCGCAAGUUUGGAUGUCACACGGUGACAAAUUACACGCCUUACCAACUGGAUUCAAAGUGGUGGCCACAUCAGACAACUCUCCUUACUGUGGUAUUUCCAAUGAGGCUGAUAAAAUCUAUGGUAUCCAAUUUCACCCAGAAGUCACUCACACUUUGCAAGGUAAGCAAUUGUUGAAAAACUUUGCUGUUGAUAUUUGUCAAGCUCAAACCAACUGGAGUAUGGAAAAUUUCGUUGAUACCGAGAUUGCCAGAAUAAGAAAGUUGGUCGGACCAACUGCUGAAGUCAUUGGUGCCGUUUCUGGGGGUGUUGAUUCCACGGUUGGUGCUAAGAUUAUGAAAGAAGCUAUUGGAGACAGAUUCCACGCUAUUUACGUCGACAAUGGUCUCAUGAGAUUAAACGAAACUGAGAGUGUAAAAAAGACCUUGGACGAAGGUUUGGGUAUUAACUUGACCGUGGUUGAUGCUGGUGACUUGUUUCUCGGAAGAUUAAAGGGAGUCACCGAUCCUGAGAAAAAGAGAAAAAUUAUUGGAAACACCUUUAUCCAUGUUUUUGAAGAAGAGGCUGCCAAGAUCAAGCCACACGAUGGCUCAGAAGUUGAGUAUCUUUUGCAAGGUACUUUAUACCCAGAUGUCAUCGAGUCCAUCUCUUUCAAAGGCCCAUCCCAAACUAUCAAAACCCAUCACAAUGUUGGUGGUUUGUUAGAGGAUAUGAAAUUGAAAUUGAUUGAGCCAUUGAGAGAAUUAUUCAAGGACGAAGUUCGUCAUUUGGGUGAAUUGUUAGGAGUUCCACAGGACUUGGUUUGGAGACACCCUUUCCCAGGUCCAGGCUUGGCCAUCAGAGUCCUUGGUGAAGUCACCAAAGAACAGGUUAAAAUUGCUCGUGAAGCUGAUGCCAUUUUCAUUGAGGAGAUCAAAAAGGCAGGAUUGUAUAGACUGAUCUCACAAGCAUUUGCUGCAUUGUUACCAGUCAAGUCAGUUGGUGUCAUGGGUGAUCAAAGAACUUACGAACAAGUUAUUGCCUUGAGAGCCAUUGAAACUGUUGAUUUCAUGACUGCUGAUUGGUUCAUUUUUGACGCUGCCUUCUUAAAGAGAGUUGCUUCAAGGAUUGUCAACGAAGUCGAUGGUGUUGCUCGUGUCACUUACGAUAUCACUUCCAAGCCACCAGCUACUGUUGAAUGGGAGUAA